UGAUUGUCAUCAAACCGAAAUCAAAAAUGAGCGAAAUACAAGCUUAUUUCGACAACAAAACGAUUUUUAUAACCGGCUCGAGUGGAUUUUUAGGGAAAUUGUUGCUCGAAAAAUUAUUGAGAGCAUGUUUCGGUUUAAACAAAAUUUAUGUUUUGGUACGCGAAAAAAAGGGGGUGCAACCAAAAGAACGAUUGGAAACAAUUUUUAAUUCGAAGGCUUUUGACUUUAUUAAAAAGAAUCGUCCUAAUUUCACGGAUAAAGUAUCGAUUUUAACCGGAGAUUUAGAACUCCCCAAUUUGGGGUUAUCGCAAGAUGAUGUUAAAGUGUUACAAGAAGAGGUUGAAAUCGUGUUUCAUUGCGGCGCAACGGUUCGAUUUGAUGAAUCGUUAAAAAAAGUCGCGGUAAUUAACAUUAGAGGGACUAAAGAUUUAAUUAAAAUUUGUAGAGGAUCAAAAAAAUUAGAGUCUUUCGUUUAUGUCUCAACGGCUUUCUCGAAUUGCCAUUUAAAAGUUAUAAAAGAAAUUAUUUAUGAGCCUUACUUAAAAGAAGAUAUUUUUAUGAAAAUCGUUGAUCUAGAUGACGAUACUUUAAAUAAAAUAACUCCGAUAAUCCUCAAAGAUUUACCAAAUACUUAUAUUUUAAGUAAAGGUACCACGGAAAAUGUAAUCCUCGAUGAAGGGAAAGGGUUGCCCAUUUCCAUUUUGAGGCCAUCUGUUGUGAGUUCUUCUGUUAUGGAACCAAUGCCUGGUUGGACAGACACUUUUUUCGCAAUAACUGGAAUGUUUGGGGCUGCAGCUUUGGGUGUUUUGCACCAUGUACAUGGAGAUCCAUCGUAUAAAGUCGAUACAAUCCCCGUCGAUUACGUCACUAACAAUUUAAUAGCAGUCGCGUUCGAUACGCACAAAAGGCAAUCUAAUCCCGACGAAAAGGAGAAAUUAAAAAUUUUUAAUUCAACUUGUGGAACGAGAAAUCCAAUUCUUUGGGGUGAUUUGAGCGCGAAAAUUAAAAGUUGUAGAGCAAAAUAUCCUUUCACGAGAGCGGUGCAGUACCCAUAUGGUGGAUUGAUUAAAUCAAAAACGAUUUAUUACUUAAACGUUCUUUUUUUACAUUACUUCCCGGCUUUACUCGUCGAUUUUAUUUUAAUUUUAAUUCUAAAAGAACCUUUCAUGUUUAAUUUGUCUAAAAAAGUAAUUAAAUUUGUUAACGCUAUCUCGUACUUUACAUUAAACGAAUGGGAAUUCGACGACACCAACAACAAAGCGUUGUACGAAAAUUUAUCGAAAAAAGAUCAAGAUUUAUUUAAUUUCGAUAUCGAAUCGAUUAAUUGGGAUGAUUAUGCGGAUAAUUUUGUAAAAGGGUUAAGAAUUUAUCUUUUAAACGAUCCGUUAGAAACCAUUCCGGUUGCAAGAAAAAAAUUUAUUAUCCUAGCUGGUAUUCAUUAUUUUAUAUUAAUUGUUUUGUUUUAUUUGUUUGUUAAAAUCGGAUUUUUUUUUCAUUUUGACGUCACAACCUCAUCCCCCCCACUACUAAGUUUCCUAAACGCAUGCGCGUGCUGA